UGGAGCAGCCUCAGUUCUGCAGCUCUGCUCCACAGGCAAACUCUCAGCUUCCACACACAACUGCUGUGCAACUAUUUCUGCGCUGAUUCCUGCUCCUCAAGCAACGAACCCUCUCUUCCGUCUCAAGUCAUCAGGAGCUCCUGGCCAACCCCAAUGGAGUCCACUACCAUGGAGCUGUCCCUGUCCCUGUUGUCCAAUCAGUCGGAGACCUGUGCAGCAGUGGAGACCACAGCUGAGAACACUUUAUUUGGAUGUUUCUACAUCCUGGUUUUCUUCCUGGCGUUGAACGGCAACAGCCUGGCUCUGUGGAUCUUCUGUCAUCAGCGCGGCACGUCUUCCCCGGCGAAUGCGUUCUUGAUGCAUCUUGCUGUGGCAGACCUGUCGUACGUGGUCAUCCUCCCACUGAGGGCCACGUACCAUCUCACCGGAGGCCACUGGCCCUUUGGUGAGGUUCCCUGCAGAGUCGUUGGCUUCUUGUUUUACGUCAACAUGUACGCCAGCCUGUACUUUCUGGCGUGCGUGGCAGCAGACCGUUACCUGGCUGUGGUUCAUGCCGUGAGGUCGCUGAAGGUUCGUCGUGCCCGCUAUGCUCAUAUCAUCAGCUUCUGUCUCUGGGCCCUAGUCACUGUCUCCAUGGCGCCUUUGCUGGUCACCCACCAGACUGCAGAGGUGGACGGUGUGACCGUGUGUCUGCAGCUCUACAGAGAGAAAGCGUCGCGUAAUGCUCUGAUCUCACUGGCUGUGGCCUUCACUCCGCCUUUCCUCGCCAUCCUCUCCUGCUACAUGCUCAUCAUCCGCAGCCUGCAUCGGGGCUCCAGGUUAGAGCCGGCCGUCAAACUGAGGGCCCUGCGGACCAUCAGUGUGGUCAUACUCAUCUAUGUGGUGUGUUUCCUGCCUUAUCAUGUGAGCAGAGCCACCUUCAUCCUCGGGUACAACCACCCGGACUCGUCCUGUCAGACGCGGCGAGGCCUGAGCCUGGCCAACCGCCUCACCUCCUUCCUCACGUGUCUGAACGGUGCUAUGGACCCGUUGGUCUACAUGUUCGGGGCCAAGAAGUUCCGCGAGACUCUAAGACAGAUGUUUUGCAAAAAUAAGGCAGGACUCUCAGGAGCCACCAGUGGAGAGUUGAAAGGAACACACGAGAGCUCCAUAACUGCCAAGUCAGAGUUCUGAUGCAUUCAGAAUCCAACUAAAGCACUGUGUGGACUGAAAGCUUCUACAUCACAACCAAAGUUAGUCUGACUGUUGCUUUUGCCAAACAAAAGGCAGGGACUUUUUCUUCCAUGUGGUUAAUAAGCCACAGUAAAUAUCUUAUCCCAAAACUGUCAAUGUCCACCCUAUAAAACUUUUCAUUCCUCACUCAAAUGAACUCCUACAUAUUUAAAAGUCCCAUGUUAUAGAUUUUGAGGCACAAAAGACAAGAUGUCGCCGUAAGAUGAUUUUUGGGAGUUAAAACAAGAAGUAUAUUUUUUUAUGGGCCCUUUUUACUGUUAGAUACUUUGACAGAAAGCACAAGUGUAAAUAAUCAAAUGAAAGUGAAAGUCACUUUUCUGACUAACAUAACUAAACAGAGUCUCCAUCAAUGUCAUCGGUAUAAUCUGCAGCUCUUUCUGCUAAAGCAUGUUAACCUGCCUGAUGUGAACAAGGCCAGUGGGCCAUUAAAAUUCAUCAUAAACAUCACAAAAAUGUCAAAAUAUGACAUGUGAUUUUCUUAAGCCUGUGAGUUUUUGUCCUUGGUCUAAGAACUUGACCAAAGCAUUUUACACGACUACUCAUAAUAUCUGACAAAUGUACUGUACAUAGAUAACCUUUACUACAUAUUUGUAUCGUGUACUGUAGCAAACUAAUUUAGUUUCUGAGCUAAAAGCUAACGUCAACAACAUUUACAUAACACAUAAACACAGUUUCCUCCACACGCAGCCUCAGAGCUGGAGACUCUUUGCAAAGCUGUGCCAAGAACAGGAAGUUGAGAAACGCCAAGCUUUUCAAAUGGCAGUGAAAGCACCAGCAAAUCAUAUUGAUUUGAUAUAUAUUUAUAUUGAAAAGACUUAACAAUCCUAAAAAUGUGGUUUAA